AUGCUACCAAAAAAUUGCAUAAAUUUGAUUUUAAUAUUCUGCAGUUUCUCCUGUCACUUUGUAUAUGGUAUAAUAAAUACUUUUAUGUUUGAAUAAUUUAGUAUCAUCUUAUUUAUUUCGUUUAACAUUUGUUGCUGUUAUUUGUAACUAUUAAUUGUAACUAUUAAUUGUUAUUUAUUAAGUAUUUACAAUUAUUAUUAAUAUCAAUAAGAUGUUUGACUUUGUUUUUUCAGGACAAAAUCUCACCAAUAUUGUUACAUGGUGUACAAUAUCUGAUGCUGAACAACAUAAGUGUAAUGCAUUUUCAAGAGCAGUCGAUCGCGAAAUAGCGUUUUUUGAAUAUACUUACGUCUCCUUGCAAUGUAUACAAGCAUCUAAUAAAGAAGAAUGUAUGGCUUUGCUGGAUCAGGAGAAAGCUCAGAUAACCACUUUAGAUGCUGGUGAAAUUUUUGUAGCAGGACGUUAUCACAGUUUAAUCCCAUUUAUGCAGGAAAUAUACGAGAGUGGUGUGAAUUAUCAGUAUGCAGUAGCAGUGAUUAAAAAAGGAUCCUUGCCAGAUGUUCAAAGUUUACGUGAUUUAAGGGGUAAAAAGGCUUGUUUCGCUGGCCUUGGAAUGCUUGCUGGUUGGGUUAUACCAAUCUAUACAUUUAUGAAAGAAGGUGGAUUAGAAGUUGUUGAUUGCAACAAUCAUGUUAAAUCUGCUAUCAAUUACUUUGGACCUAGUUGUGCUGUAAAUUCAUUGAUAGAUAAAUAUAAUCCAUUAGGUGAUAAUUCUGAUCAGUUAUGCAAAUUGUGUAUUGGAAAGAUAUCCGGAGAAAGAUGUACAACUGCAGAUCCUUAUGCAGGGUAUGAAGGAGCAUUUCGGUGUUUGGUAGAAACAGGAGAAAUUGCUUUCUUAGUACACACAACAGUGGAUGAAAUGACAUCAACAACAUUUGAUUUCAGUUCUGUGAAGAAAGAGCAAUUUGAGUUGCUUUGUCGUGAUGGUACUCGUAAAUCGAUUGAUGAAUAUAAAUUUUGUAAUUGGGGCACUGUUCCAUCACGCGCUGUAGUCACCUCGUCCGCUACAAAAAUCGAGACUCGUCGAUUAUAUCAGCGGUUUUUGGAAAAAGCAGUUCGAAUAUUAGGCAAACAUAAUGCGAGAAAUUCAACCGAAUUUUAUGACAAUCGUUUCGAAAACCGACCAGGUUUUAAUAAUAAUAAUAGAACGGAAUAUGUUAAUCCAAACGAAUAUAGCACAGAUAACUUUGAACAUCGUAACGGGAAUGAAAGAAGCCAUGAUGGAAAUGAAUUAUGGGAUAACACAGAAUCAACUAAUAUACAACCAAUAGAAACUUUCAAUUUAUUUGAGUCUGCACCUAAAUAUGGAAUGCAUCAUAAUUUAAUUUUUUCUGAUGCAGCACGAGAUUUCGCUCAAUUACCUGAAAAAGAUCAAAUAUAUACUGGUUAUUUAGGCAGAUCUCUCGACCUAAUACUGGAAAUGCGUCGAUGCCCAGUUAGUAAAAUGACCUUAUGCAUUACAUCUGAUAUAGAAAUGGAAAAAUGUGUAAAAAUGAAGAAUCGCCGAUGUAGCAGUAUUAGAUACCAGUGACGUAUAUACUGCUGGUUUACGCUUCGAUUUGAUUCCAUUUAUAUCUGAAGUUUACAAUUUACCUACACCAGAAUAUUACGUGGUUGCAGUUGCGAAAGAAGAAGAUGAUAAUACAGAUUUGACUUACCUUAAAAAUAAGUACACUUGUCAUACAGGAAUCAAUACAGCCGCAGGUUGGGUGUAUCCGCUGGCAUAUCUUAUUUCGAAUACAUGGAUUAGGGGUUAUGGCUGUGAUUCAGUUCACGCUGCUGCAGAAUAUUUCAGUAAAUCUUGCGUUCCGGGCGCGCUUAGUACCGAAUACAAUACAGAUUCUACAUCUGAAUUUAUUGCAGGAGUACCAUAUGACAAUAUGUGCGACCUAUGCCACGGUACCAGCUUCCGUUAUUGUCGCAGAGAUGCGUCUGAAGAUUAUUAUGGAUAUACCGGUGCCUUUAGAUGUUUAGUCGAAGGGGGCGGAGACGUAGCUUUUGUGAAGCACACAACGGUCGCAGAAAAUACCGAUGGAAAACGGCGAGAAACAUGGGCACGUAAUACUUUUACAAAAGAUUUUGAAUUACUUUGUCCAGAUGGUACUCGUCGUCCAACAACCGAUUACAUACAUUGCAAUUUAGGAAAAGUGGCAUCAAAUGCAAUAGUUACACGCGGUGGAUAUUACGGAUAUAACGAGACGCAAAUAAACGCUUAUAUAAAUUUAUUUAUUUACGCCCAACAAUUUUAUGGAAGGAAGGAACAGGACGAAUUUAGUUUUAGCAUGUUUUAUAGUCAACCGCCUUAUAGCGAUUUGAUUUUCCAAGAUGCUACGCAGCAGCUGGUAGUAAUACCACCAGAAAAAAGAGAGUUUAGUGCGUAUUUAGGACCAGACUUCAUGAGAGCUAGAAGAAUUGUAGAUUGCAAUGCUGGCGCAUCAGCUAUAGAGCAUUCAAUAAUAGCUACGAUAGCUAUGAUUAUAUUUGCUUACAUAUUUAGUAGAUAA